AUGGCUGCUUUGGUUCAAUCAUACCCCCAACAGUCCAGUACAAUUACGAUGCUCCAAACUCGACCUUCCUCUGCAUCUGGAAUCCUCCAGAACGCUUCGCAGGCCCAGUCUCACCACAAGUACCCUGUGAAUCCACAACAGAUGCAGCGUAACAGUGUCCACGGGAUGAGCAAUGGCAUGGGAAUAACAAAUUAUCGGGGACAUACCACAGUGGCACCAAUUGCUCCUUACGCAUUCACUAGUACCCCUAGUCUUGCUACACCGGGGCAGAGGCAAGGACCGCAUCUUCGAGCGGAUCAGAGAACCACUUCAGCACCAAGCGGGAUGGGUCAACAUUCUGAAUCAGGACAAAACAGAUCAAGAUAUCCUGCACCGCUUUCGGUCUCUACUACCUCGUCCUCUUCCUCCUCCGAUCUCUCUUCAGUGAGCCACAGAUCAGGAUCAAAGGAUGACUCUGUCAUCACCGGGACUGCUCGUGUUGUUUCAGGGGGUGUAAGACCUCAUUCCGUAGUCAUGAACUCCAACAACGGAAAUCUUGCUCCCCCAAGCCUCGCGUCCCCAUCCAAGCCGUCACCCGAACGUUACCGCCGACCAAACAAUCGUCGAGCUGAGUCUGUCUCCAGCCAACAGCCUUCCACACCAACUGGCUCCUCCAUGCCAAAUGUCAUGCAAUUCUAUGGCAACUCAACACAACAGCCCACUCUGCCUACAAUCUCACCUCAAAGCUUCAGUUUACAGAUGCCCCAGUUCUCCAAACCUACAACUGGCUUUACCUCGGGUGCCACCAGUGCCGAUGAUAUGGCAUUGAAUCGAAACACCAGCCAAGAGGCUAUCAAAAGAUAUCGUCGACGCAGCAUUCACACCAUUGACGCAGCUGAUUAUAGUGGGAUGUCGGGAGGAUUUUUGCAGCAGGGAUCACGCCAAGUUAGCAGUGCGAAUGGCAGAAUUGAUCAGCAACACCCUCUCCGGAGCUCUCCCGUUGGGGUUAUUCGUCCGGGCUCGUCUCAUGGACGCAAUGGAAGUUCAGACAGCGUGAAUUCUACUCGCAGCGCUGCUCGCGGACAUAUUUCCAGACCCAACUCGGCGAACAAGCGAGAGGCAAGCGCAUCCAUGGCACCUUCAAACCCCGCCCCAUCUUCCUCGCAACCUCCAGCGGCAAACAACUUUGCAGACCAAUCCUCAGCCAAACACGAUGUGCCUAGACUUGUGAAUAUUCCUCCACGAGCUUCGUCUACAGAUGCCGCCAAACGAAUUGCCAAUCCUUCUCCUCUGUCGAAGCCGAUGACGAUGAGUCCCGAGACUUCGGUUUCCAAGGACUCCUUCGCAUCGAACGUUCAAGCCGCCCUACAACAACAACAGCCAGCGAAGCCCACUUAUGCGCAGGCCGCAAGUGGCCCUGCGAGCCCUGCUGCUCAACAAUUGGCGGCGUUGAACGAUAAGGAGGGAAAGAAGAGCAAGACCUCACGACUGCGGAGGGCCUUCUUCUUUGGUAGUGCGGCAGAACUUCGACGAGCCUCGGCUGAGAACAGUGCAGCCAACAAUGCAGCAGGUCGUUCUCAGCAACGCAAGGACAAAUACCAGGAGGAGCAAGAUGCUGAACAAGCCCGGAUUGCACAGCAGCAGGAGGCUGGAGGGAUUGGAUCGGGCAUUUACUCUGGCCAAGGAAACAUCUUCACCGGCUCUACUGAUAAUCUUUCAAUCUCGUCAACUGCUUCUUCCGCCUCUAUCAUGAUCCGGAAGAUGGGCAAAGGCAUGAAGAAAUCCACCAGAUCUCUUGUGGGGCUCUUCAGACCAAAGUCUGUUAUUGGUGUUCCUGCUGCAGAUGGUCCCCUUCCUCAGGCAAGCCAGGCUCAGGUUUCUAUGGUUACUGUUGAGGCAGAGAGAGAAAAGGUGAAUGUCAAUGCAGACCCGCAUGAUCAGGCUGGAGGCGGUACAGGUUUCCCAAGAUUAGAGCGGAAUUCCCUCGAUGCUGCCAAUGCCACCGCUACCAUCACAGAGCGAUUGGGAAGUGCUAGCACUGAGAAUUCUGCUGCCAGACGAAGCAUUGUUGGAGGUGAGAAGGAGCGCGCAGAGGUUCUGGCAGCUGUGAAGAAGGGUAUCCUUAAGCGCACUGGUACAGACUCAGGAAACUCUUCACCUGUUAUUCGACCAGUCGACACCAAAGCCGCCAACUUCCAACUACCACAAAUACCCAACGUCAAUGAUUCCCCCAAUUCGUCUGCUCCGAGCACACCAAAUGAUGAGCAACAGGCACACCGCAAGAAUGGUUCAGUGACAUUGGGGGGCGAAGACUACUUCAUGUCUGCCCUGCGUUUCCGAGGAGAUUCGAAGAGCAUGCCAGGAACACCUCAGGGGACUGCCACCAAGCGUAAUGCCACAUUCAGUCCUCGUAUUCAGUUUCAUGAUACCUGGCCGAGUGGAGAAUACGAUCGUAGGGGCGAGAUUGCCACAUGUAAUCGUCUUACGCCAAUGCUUGCCCAACAGAUCAAGGAGGAGAUCAACAACUUCAAAAUGGAAAUGGUGGUGCACGAAAACUCCAAAAUCUACACACACUUCUUCUAA